GUCGCCAGUAUUAAAACCGCCUGCUUAUUUUCCAGGAUACAGCCUACGCUCGCGAUAUAAUAACCAUGCCAGGUCGGAGGCCCUACCGCCAAGUCAUCGAUGGUGUGCCCAGGUGUCCUGUUGUAAUCCCAGAAAUCUUUCGGAAAGGCCUCUCUUUUCGCGCUGCCAAGGGCGACGUUGUGCAGAGCUCUUAUCCGAAAAGCGGGACCCACUGGAUUCAGUACAUAACGCAGCUGAUCCUGAACGGGGGGAAGCCCAUAAGCUCCUAUGAUGAGUUCACCAGCAACCUCCGGGCUAUUGAGUACGUGGACACCGAAGGCUGGGUGUCGUCUAUGCCCUUCAGACUGUUCACGACGCACUUGCCGUUGAGUCGAGACGCGAUGAACGAGGAGGCCAAGUACAUCUACAUCGCCCGAAACCCGUGGGACGUCUGCGUCUCGCAGUUCCGCAUGACCAAAGAUCUCAGCAGCUCGAUGUUUGAAGAUGGAACGCUCGAAGAGUUCUUCGAACCUUUCGUCGAGGGCGACUUGGGCUACGGGAGCUACUUCGACCACGUGGCGUCAGCGUACGCCCUCAAGGAUGAACAGAACGUGUUCUUCGUGACCUACGAAGAGCUCAAGGAGGACACUAGAGGCACAAUCUUGAGACUGGCUAGCUUUCUGGGUGACAUCUACGGCGACGUCCUCCGGAAUAGCUCACAAAUGCUCGAGAAUAUUGUCGAAUUGUCGAAACCAGAGCACAUGAGAAAAGUCAUCGUCAUUAAUUUCAACCAGAAUGAGACGCAGGAAUGGAAUGAGCUCUUUGUUAACAAGAAGAUUACCUGCAGGGAAGGCUACUGUGGAGACAACUCAAAGUACGCGCUGGUCAAAGAAGCCAAGGUGGGAGGAUGGAAAGAAUACUUCACACCCGACCUACUUGCCCGUUUCGAAAAUAAAAUACAGGAAGAAUGGGAUAAGGCAUCUUUUAUAGAGCUGUGGGAAGACAUUCGAAGGGAAGCGGUCGUGUUAUCCUGCGAAUCCACAUAGCACUUGUUCUGCUCCAUACCUUAUUUAUAAUCUGCUACUGUGCACUGCAUAUUGUAAAAUAAACAAAAGCCAAAUGUUUUUGAAAGAAAAUCACUUAGCCAUCAACCGAAUUAUUUCUAUGUGUAGGUGUCUCCGGCAA